CGAAAAAGAAAGGCAAAAGCUAGAAUGGAAGAGGACUGUGACUCUCUGUAUUCCUAACAAAGCAACCUCCCACGCUCUCUCACUCCUUCUCCUUCUCCUCCUCCUCUCUCUCUCUAGAUCCUCUUCAAUCUCUGCUUGCCGAGACCGUCUUCAUAGUGAAUUCCGCCGAGAAUGGUGGCUUGAGAGGUCCGCGAUUCUGAAGCGACGACGACUCGGGGAGUUCAGCACGGUCCCUCGCCUUUUUGCCGGGUUGAAUCUGUUUCUGUGUUUGGUGUACGGAACAUGGCGGCGGCGGAGGGGGCGCUCUCGUUCUCGGCGGCCUCGGUGGUGGAGGACGUGCUCCUCCAACAGCACGGCACGCGGCUCAGAGACGUCGAUGUGGAGUCCAGAAGAGCUGAAGAAGCUGCAUCAAGAAGGAAUGAUGCAGCUGGUUGGCUGAGGAAGAUGGUCGGAGUGGUUGCAGCCAGAGACUUACCUGCCGAGCCAUCCGAAGAAGAGUUUAGGCUCGGGUUGAGAAGUGGUAUUAUCCUUUGCAAUGUUCUCAAUAAGAUACAAUCUGGGGCGGUACCAAAGGUUGUGGAAAGUCCAAGUGAUGCUGCUCUAAUCCCUGAUGGAGCUGCUUUGUCAGCAUUUCAAUAUUUUGAAAAUGUCAGGAACUUCCUUGUUGCUGUGCAGGAGAUGGGCCUUCCCACUUUUGAAGCAUCAGACCUGGAACAGGGAGGAAAGACUUCAAGGAUUGUGAAUUGUGUUUUGGCACUACAGUCAUUUGCUGAUUGGAAACAAACUGGCGGAAACGGAGUAUGGAAAUUUGGCGGCAAUGUAAAGCCUACAAUUUCAUGUAAAUCAUUUGUUAGGAAAAAUUCAGAACCAUUCUCAAAUUCCUUGUCAAGAACUUCUUCAAUGAACGAGAAAUCCUUGAAUGCUCUAACUUCUGGUAUUGACUCGAAUAAAAUGGCCAACUCCGGUUCAUUGAGCAUGCUUGUUCGCGCAAUUCUUCUGGAUAAAAAACCUGAAGAAAUUCCGGCGUUGGUGGAAUCUGUCCUAAGUAAGGUGGUUGAGGAGUUCGAACACCGUAUCAAUAACCAAUUUGAGCUGAAGAAAAGCACCACAAACGAUGUUGCUGUUUCUUUUGGAAACAAGACUCUGGUGAAAUCUACUACCAGUGAAAAGCCUGAAGACAAGAAUAUGAUGUUAAAACAGCAACAGAUUUUUUAUCAACAACAAAAAGAUGUUCAGGAAUUAAAGCAAGCUCUCUGUACAACAAAAGCUGGCAUGCAGUUCAUGCAAAUGAAAGUCCAAGAAGAGUUCAGCAGCCUCAGUUUACAUAUAUAUGGCCUUGCCAAUGCUGCAUCUGGCUAUCAUAAAGUUCUUGAGGAAAACCGCAAGCUUUACAACCAAGUGAUGGAUCUCAAAGGGAAUAUCAGAGUUUAUUGCAGAGUGAGACCCUUCAUGCCGGGACAAUCAGAUUUAUUGAGCACUGUCGAGAAUAUCGAGGACGGGAUUAUCAGCAUCACCACCCCAUCUAAACAUGGAAAAGGGCGUAGAUCAUUCAACUUCAACAAAGUCUUUGGGCCAUCAGCAACCCAAGCGGAAGUAUUUUCUGAUACCCAGCCAUUGAUCCGGUCAGUUCUUGAUGGAUACAAUGUAUGCAUAUUUGCAUAUGGCCAGACUGGAUCUGGAAAGACCUACACCAUGACGGGUCCUAGACAGCUUACGGAGCAAAAUCAAGGUGUAAAUUAUAGGGCCUUGAGUGAUUUGUUUUUCCUUGCAGAACAAAGAAAGGAUAUAUUCGUCUAUGAUGUUUCUGUUCAAAUGAUCGAGAUCUAUAAUGAGCAAGUGCGGGACCUUCUCGUUUCCGAUGGAUCAAAUAGGAGAUUAGAAAUACGAAAUAGUUCCCAAACUGGACUCAGUGUACCGGAUGCAAGCCUUGUCCCUGUUUCAUCAACAUUUGAUGUAAUUGAUAUCAUGAACCUUGGGCAUAGAAAUCGUGCAGUGGGAGCUACAGCCCUGAAUGAUCGGAGUAGUCGUUCUCAUAGUUGCUUGACUGUACAUGUUCAAGGACGAGAUCUGACUUCUGGAACCAUUCUUCGUGGAUGUAUGCAUCUGGUUGAUUUGGCAGGAAGUGAGAGAGUAGACAAAUCUGAAGUGACAGGAGAACGGCUAAAAGAGGCACAACACAUUAACAAGUCCCUUUCAGCCCUUGGAGAUGUGAUUUCCUCUCUUGCCCACAAAAACCCUCAUGUCCCUUACAGAAAUAGCAAGCUCACCCAGCUGCUUCAAGACUCACUCGGAGGGCAGGCAAAGACGUUAAUGUUUGUUCACAUAAGCCCUGAGCCUGAUGCUUUGGGAGAAACAAUAAGCACACUUAAGUUUGCUGAGCGAGUUGCAACAGUAGAAUUAGGUGCUGCCCGGGUAAACAAAGAUAGUGCAGAUGUGAAAGACCUCAAGGAACAGAUAGCCAGUCUCAAGGCAGCAUUAGCUAGGAAGGAGGAAGAACCAAAGCACAUGCCACACCCUGUUUCUGGAAGCUCAGAACGACAGAGAAGGAAAGCAGCAGAAUUAUCCCCUUUUCAUUCUAAUCUACAGCAUGCAGAUGCAAUAAGGGAUCAAAAUAGCUGCCGAAGACCAAUGGGAGAUGUUGGCAAUCUUGAGGUGUUCACAAACUCUGCACUGAAGCACAAGAAACCGAGCUUUGACCUGGACGAACUGUUAGCUAAUUCACCUCCUUGGCCUCCGGUUCCAGUCCAAAGUUACAGGGAUGAAGAAAAAGAAGUGGGCUCAGGUGAGUGGGUAGACAAAGUCAUGGUGAACAAGGAAGAUGGUAGCCAAGUUGAGAACACCCUUGGGUGUUGGAGUACAAACAAUGGGCACCUAACCGAUGGGUUCUGCCAGAAAUAUCUCCAGGACAGCUCCAAAAAUUUUCCCGAGCAAACUUACAGCAUGUUCAUGGGUAGUAACGGUUUCGAUCACACAAAUACAGAUGAUGUGGAUGAGCUUGAUGCUGCCACCAGUGAUUCUUCAGAACCAGAUUUGCUCUGGCAAUUCAAUCACGCCAAAUUGAAUGGCAUCACUAAUGGGAUUGCAUCGAAGGCUAAUAGAUCCACUUCCAAACCCCGAAAGAACCCAGAUAUCAGGGUUUACCUUGGCCGGUCCAGCAGGAACUUAAGUUCUAGUGUGGGCCCUUCUCCGUCUCGGAAGUCAUCAAAUGGGGUCGGUCUUCCUCUGCAUCAGAAUGGAAAGCAGCAACCUGCCAUCGAUGGGAAGCGGAAACCUGGUAAUAGAAAGUAAAUUCUUUGUAACCACGUCAUUUCUUAUCUAAAUUGUUUCAUUUCUUCGAACAUGGAGGGAGAUGGAGAGAUUGAUGUCGAAAGGAAUGUAUUCAUCGCAUGCCUUUCCUUUUUUUUUUUCCUCGGUUUUUGAUGUAAAAUGUUCAUCUUAUAGUAUAAUACAGCAACCGUGCCAGUUGCUUGCAUGUGUUU